GGAGAAACUAUUUAUCAGUGUUGCUAUCUGGAAUGCAAGAGGAGGCUCGUGCUGCAUUGGUUGAGAACUUUUGAAAUCCAAAUCUUUGGAAUUUUUGUGCAUCUUUACUGGUAUAUAUUACACGGGAGGAAUAGACACAAGGACAUCUAAGUGGCUGAUGGCCUAACCACUACUGGUGCAGCCUCGAUGAAUGAAUCAUCUAUUUUCUUUUUGUUUCAUCUUCGAUGCCGUCCUUCGACAUCAUGCCGCUUCAGAAAAUAAAGGUGGAACCGAUAAAAGCGACGUCGACCACUGAGAAAACCACAAUACCUUCCAUCGACCAGGAAAUGAUCGCCAUGAAACGGAAGGGGGAUCUACCGUCGUACAACGACCGGAUGUCUUGGCUCGCCGUUUUUUACAAGUUCAUUCCCGACGGGAUAGGAGUGGCUGGUUUACGCUACGCCUUCAAUCCACGGGAGAUCAGAAUUAGAAGAUCAAUAUGGCUUCUUCUCGUGCUCAUCGCUUUCUGUUUCACCUGCUACCAGAUCGUAGAUAGGAUCUUGUAUUUUGCAUCCAAUCCGAAGGACGUUGACAUCAGCAUCGACUACAGAGAGGAGGUUCCUUUUCCUUCCGUCGCUAUCUGCAACAUCAACAUAUUCAGGAGAGGGGCAGUCAAUGGAACAGUCUUUGAGGAGUUUCUAGCCGAUCUGUUCUUCAACGGUACAUCUGUAAACCUGACAAAAUACCGAGAUGAGUUAGAGCAGUACGAAAUGACUGAGGCGUUUCGAGAAAUGGGGCAUGACAUCGAAAUGACAAUAAAAAAUUUUUACUGGAGCGGCUUGGAAUUGUCCCUUGACAAUUUUACCAUGAGAAACACGGAAACGGGUGUGUGCAUCGUUUUCAACGACAUUGACAAUGGAUUCCCACAGUUGAUGGCCAGUGGUAACGGACCAAGAAAAGGUUUGUAUCUGAAGUUGCAAGCCUCUCAGGAUGACUACUACUUUCAUCCCUUUCAAGCGAUUAGCGCUGGAUUUCAGGUCCUACUCUACGACUACGGCACUGAACCUGUGGUUGAGAGGGGUUCUUUCGGCAUCGCCGUUGGGAUGGAAACACACGUUGCUGUCGAUAUAACAGAAUACUAUAACCUACCGAGACCUCAUGGACUAUGUGAAAACAAAACCCUGAAGUACUUUGACACCUACGGAUAUUCGGAAUGCGCUCUGGAAUGCGCAUCGGAGUUCGUCCUCGAGCGGUGCAACUGCAAUAUUCUAUCCAUGAACACCCCCGCACGAGAAUGUAACGCGUAUGAAUUCUUCAACUGCGUUAACCCUGCUGUUGAGGCCUAUGUCGACGAACGGCAUGAAGUAUCCUGUCAUUGUCCGGUCCCAUGCUUCAUUCGUGAAUAUACCUCGUCCGUAUCAAUCUUGACUUCCCCGUCUCAGCAUUGGUCUACCUACUCGGCCCCUAAGUUUGGCGUGUCUCCAGAAUUUUUCAGGAAUAAUGUCUGUUCACUUGUGAUAUUCAUGAAAGAUCUGAGCGUCGAAACUAUCUCGCAACAGGUUAAAUACCCGUUCUUCAGUUUGUUAUGUGAUAUCGGCGGUUCCCUUGGUCUCUGGCUCGGUGGAAGCGUUCUGACCGUGUUUGAAGUAUUCGAUCUGUUCAGCAUGUCAACAUACAUCUACUCAAAGAUGAACCAUCGGAGAUAAUAGGAUAUACUGAGACAAUAUGAGCUGAAAACACUCAAACUGUCCGGAAAAGAACCCCGUUUGAAGCACUGCUUAGCAUGGAAGAGAGUUAUUGAGAGGAUACGUUUGUCAGUAAUUAAUAAUGCGAGCGCGAUUUGGGGGACUAACGGCGACCGCACACCUUACGAUUGGUCUGCGACCCGAUUUAAGAAUAAAAUGUAGUAGAAUUUGAUGCUAAUAUUGAGACUUGAAAUAUCUUACUGUGUAAUGUUCUAAAUGAUCGUACGAAUACCUAUGUUCAAAUCUGUGACUAUGCUAUCAUCCUUCUUAGAAUAAAAACGAAUUUAAUAUAUAGUCGUAAUGACGUCACAGCAGUCGUACGAUUGGCUACGAUUUGAAACUAAUUUGGCCUUUACUCCAAAAUAAAAGCUUGCAAUCUUUCAAAAUGGUUAUAUUAGUAUUCUUUCAAUUAAUUUUAACCUCAAAUAAAAUGAUAUGUUCCAUUCACAUUUUCAGAAAAUGAGCAAAAUGCGAUUAGUUCCAAAAUCGGAUCGCGAACAGUGGUAAGGUGUGCGGUGGCCUUAAGACCUGAAAACUGUAUUCAGUUUUAUAUCAGACCAUAGGUCUAACUCUGCACUAGCUGUAAAGUUGUUACAACCUCGAAAGUAAUUUUAUGUCCAACCAAUUUGGAGCAGCAUUUUACCCAAUGCGGGAAGCAUAUUAUCCAGUAAGGUUAAAAAAAAUAAGCAGCAAUGACUUUAGAAUGGGCAAAAUUUUCAUCACACUGGAUCAAUUGAAAUGCCCAAAAGAAAUGCCCAAUGUUGGUUGGACACAUAAUUACCCUCAUUGAGCACUUUUACCCAAUAUUUUUUUAGAGUGUGUGCUAAAAUUAUGGGGAGCCAAAAACUCAAAAAUUCUGCAGUUCUGCUUAUAUAGUGUUUAUUUCUUAGAUACAUUUGCUAUUUUGUUUCCCUUUGCUUUCAUAACGAAUAAAAUAUUUCAAUUAUCAUUAUGAGAGAGUUAUAAAUGACUUUAGUGUCAUAAGACUAGUUAAAAAUUGAACAUCUUCUAAAUAGAGAUAACAUAUUUUUUAAUGUUCAUAAUAAGUUAAAGAUCAUUCUUCCUUCUAAAACUUUAUUCUUAUACAAUUCGUUAGUCCUCCCUUAUAACAUAUUGUAAUGUCGUCUGGUCAAAUUGAUUUUCUUGAAACUACACAAGAGAGCAAUUCGUAUGUGCACAGGGUCACAUUACUUGGCUCACAUUGACUCAAAACGUUAGCUUUAAUAUUUUAAUUAUCAACUUCUAUAGUUAGCUCCAUCCUUUAAUAAUAAUUAUGUUUAGGUUUAACAGGUCUGUUCAUUCCUACCCAGCCCGCACAUCUGGAAACCUCCGUCUCACCAACCCCAAGUUAUUAAUAACUCAAUCAAUUCCUGAUAUUUAGAACAAUUUCUAGACAUUGUUAAGUCGUGUUCAAUAAUAUUCUAACUGAAAGCUACUAUUAAAAGAAUAAUCAUACAUAUUUUUAAUCAUAUGAAUUCCUUCUAUAGAUUAAUAAUUCAACUGCCCUGUACUGUAACUGUACCUGCAUUGCACCCACUUGAUCAAUAAAGGAAGACUUUGAAUGUACAAUUUUUACGAGGCCGCCAUCUUUUAAAGCUUCAUCGAUCACGAUGGCGGUCUCCUGCAUGCAUUAUUUUAAACUAUGAUUAUUUUCUUUCAAGUGAAUAAUGCAUCUUGUUAAUAUUUUUGUCAUUGCUUAUAUUAUGACUAUUGUAUUAUUGGUUUGUAAAAUAUGUAUUACCUUUGUAUAUGUUAUGUUGCAUAUUCAUCAUGAAUGCAGAAAUAAAAUAAAAUCAAAUCAAAUUCGUGCCCCU